AUGGGAAAAUCGAUAAUCGGAUUAUCGGAGCACGGGACACAGGAUGAUUGUUGAGAGGCAAGUUAGUGAAAGAGUUGACUUGACAGGGCCCCGGCGGCAAUAUCCACCCACGAUCCAUGCAGGACGCACAGAUUCCUUGCUUUUUUCCUAUUUGGGAGAAUCAACUAAAUGAGAGUUCUAAGUAUCGGUGGCAGGCGCAGAUUGCAGAUGGAGCCCUGCCAUGUCGCUGGGAAAGACUAGUGUGUCCCGAGGUGCUGGCCAGGCGGCCCGGUAAUGGAGUCGAGGGAAGAGUGCAUAUGCGCCUGAUAGAGCGACAGACACACCCACAGAGAAAGAAAGAAAGAAAGAAAGAAAGAGACAAGUGAUCAGAGGGUUACCCACACCGUACCACCAGCCAGGUUUCCAUUAGCGGGCGGGGUACAUUUUCAGCGGUGCCAGGCGCGUCUUGCAGGAAAAGACGUACACUUUUGGC